AUAUUGCAGGCGGUCGCUUUUUUCUGCAUCUGUCUGUGCUUGCUGAAUUUGACAGAGGAAUCGACUUUGUUCUUUGUGAAGAGGCUAAAAUCGAACGAAUAUUUCUGCUUUUCAAUAGAAAAUGGGACGAAGAGUGAACUUUUCGAGGGAAUUUACUGGACUUCCGAAAAGAACGGAGAGACCAAAGCUCUCUCCAGCGACCCUCAGGACGGAGGAUAUUUCCCCAUAGAGUACCGCGGUUACCCGACUACAAACUAUGAAUACAUAAAUCCACCUGUCACUGUAACAAAUUACUCAGACUUUGGUUUCAUCUUGGACCACCGUUGGGAGGAACUGGAUUUUGGAAAUGACCUACUGGGUAAACCCUUUAAAAAAGUCUCCAACCUCAGAAUUUCACUAUUGGCGACAGAUAAAAGCACCUUAACAUUUCCUUCAAAGAAUAGCAAUAAUUACUUUUUGGAAUUAAAUCCCACAUCUUAUAAGAAGUCAAUCACAGUAACCAUGAAUAAGGAUAAUGUAACAUCACUUUUGAAGACUCAGGAAUUCUUUGUUGAUCGGUGGAAUCACAUCGAAAUAAAACUUCCACCUGGGUCAGAAAUACAAGAAAAUUGGACGGUGAAGUUUCAGAGUCAGGAUAAAAAUGCCCGAAUAAAAUAUCAUUUUUACGGACCAAUGCUUCUUUACAAUGGAACAUACAACACACUGAAUGCUAAGGAAAAAUAUCCUGGACAGAAUUGCUGGGUUGCUGAAUUUGCCACUGACAAUUUCAACAGUUACACAUUUACUGAUGGGAAUAUUACAAAUUUUAUCCAAUCGAACUCUGAGGGCAACUGGCGAAACAAAUUCAUUAUGGCCGAGAACACUCAUCAAUUAAGUGAAGAAGGCAGAUUAAACGGUGGAUUUUUUCUUUAUACUUUAAAAAGACUGUGCUUGCCUGAAAAUGGACAAUUGCAAAUGUAUUACCGUCGUGCAGUAAAGACAGAAAGUGACUCGACUCUGACCUGCUCAACAACCACCAAUUCCCAAAGGGUCAACGAACUAAAAGUUGGCACUUUGUACAACACAAAUGAAGUUUUACAAUCUGUCGCUCCCAAACUUCUCCAACCCUUUGCAGAAUUCGAUCUGCAAAUAGAUCAAUGCAACGUGUCAGACGAACAUGACAAAUGCAAAGGUCUUGUUUUGUGUGACCCAAAUGGAUGCUCCUGCUUGCGACCUUACACUGGACCAUCUUGUGAGGAAGAGUGUCAAAGUUUGGGCACUUAUGGCUGCGGAUACAGUUGCGGAUUUUGUGAACGAAGAGAGGAAUGUGACCAUGUUACAAGGAACUGCAAAGGAGAAUGUGUCUUGGGAUACCGAAAACCAAAUUGCAUUGAAAAAUUUCUUCAAUUUCGCGUUAAGCCGGAUAUCUUUGAAAUGAAGAUUUCCGUAAGGAAUGCAUUGGAAAACCUCUCAAAAAAGGAUAUCAUGAGGAUUGAAUAUAUUGAUAUCCAGUUUCAGGUUGAAGGACAAGACCGGUUUGAGAGUUUGCUAAAUAUAACUUAUCUAGAUAUGGAGGCAACAUACGAGCUUCCUGAGCAAAUCCAAUUCAACAAAACUUAUUCUUUCCGAGCUGUAAUCAAAGAGAAGGGAGAGAAUGAAAUGUUCAUAGGACCAAAUUAUCCAGUUCUGCGAUAUUAUUUUGACAACGAGACUUUUCAUACUCAUAAGUACACAAAAAAGGAACCCAUCAGUACUAGACGUGGUCUGAUUUCAGCAAUUACGGUAGUCGCAUCAGUUGUUAUCAUAGUUUCAUCGUUGCUUAGUUGGAUACGAAAAAGGAGAGCACAAGAAAGGAUAAAUUCUAGACCUUAUGCAACAGUUCAAUAUGAUAAUCCUGUAAGAAAUACAGAACAACGCAGGAUAGAGAACUCGAUAAAUACAAUAAAGUCGGAAGAUUAUGAAGAAAUAGCGACCAAACUUGAUGAAAACGUCUACGACGAGCUGACGCCUGUAGCACACAAACUUAUGGAUGCCCAUAAAUUCAGAGAUUACGUUUCGAGUUGUCUUAAGUUUGAUCAAUUUGAAAAGAAUUUCCAGGAGGUAAAAGAAGAAGUGAGGAUUCGCGACUCAGAUUAUCUUGUCCCUCUAUCAACCAUGAUUACAUUAAGAGAAAAUGAGCAGUUUCAAACUGAUGCAUUCUCUUAUGAAGGUUUCUCGGGCAAAAAUAGGUACUUAAUUGCGAAGAGCCCUUCCCAAGAGAAUGUGCAGAACUUUUGGAGACUAGUGGACCAGGAGAACAUUCAAUCAAUUUUAAUAGUCAACGACGUCGAACCAUAUUGGCCAAAAACUCUGAAUGAAGAAGUGGUUUAUGAUGAUAUUGUAUUGGUUUGCAUAGAAAGCCUAGAAUUUUGCAACUACGUGCUAAGAAUUAUAAAAAUUUGCAGUGGCGGGCAAACGCGAUUGGCAAGUUCUUAA